UGGCCAACCCAGUGAAUGUACCGAAAGUUCCUCAGUCCUCCUGGUGGAAUCACAAGCACUUCCUGUAUGAAGUUCGCCGCGGGUGAGAGGUCAGUAAACGCAGAGGCGGCUCAUGCACCGAACCACACAACCACUGCAGCAUCCCGGGACAAUGUGACCCUUCCCGGAUCACCUUCAUUAGCCAAGUGCAGCUGGGCCGAGCUGAAAGCCGGGGGGAGCGGAGUUAAGCUGCACGGCGAGGCGUUGUCCCCGAGCCCCGGUGCUGAGUGGAUCAUGCGCCAGUGGAGUCUCCGCGCUGUGGCUCCGCGCUCUGAGCCGCUCCCCACGGGCCGCGUGUCCCCGCAACUCUCAGAAGGAUCUCUUCUCACAGAUGCCAGGAUGGAGUGCUGUGAUGUGGAGCCACGCUACACGAUCGAGCAGAUCGACUUGCUUCAGCGCCUCAGGCUGUCCGGCUUGACCAAACCUCAGAUCCUCCAGGCUCUGGAGUCUCUAGAGAGACUGGAUCCAGAGCACCGUUCGCCUUUCUGUGACAAUCACUCAGCCCCGCCCAGGGCUCCUACCUCUGCAGCUCCGGCUGCACCUUCAUCCUCAUCCUCCUCAUCUUCCUCUCUCACCUCAGCUACCACACAAACUCCGGUUCUAGAUGCUGCACUUUCCCCCAGCAACAGUUACGAUGCCUCGUCUCCACCCCUGUACCCACCUGGAGGAGUUCAGAGGUCCUUCACUUAUGACCUUGCAGAAGAGGACUGGGAUCUGGAAGAGAAGGUGGAGGAAUACAUGAGGAGGGACAGUAACCUGGUAAAGGAGGAAAUCAAGGCUUUCCUCAAUAACAGGAGGAUCUCUCAGGCUAUUGUCGGCCAAGUUACAGGUAUCAGUCAAAGCUACAUCUCUCAGUGGCUGCUGCAGCAGGGCCUGGAGAUGAGCGACUCCAAGCGCAGGGCUUUUUACCGCUGGUAUCUGCUGGAGAGGAACAGUCCAGGGUUCAGAUGGACUGAAAACCAGCAUGCUCAGGGCACCAGGAGCAGGACUGACACCCCCUGGAGUAGACAGAGAGAACUACUGAUGCACCUGCUCCCUUGGUACUCUGCACAGCAGGCCCAGCCAGGUGCUACUCUGUCCAUGCGCUCGCUGGUCAAGGAGGAACCUGACUGGAGAGUUGCCGGUUGCCCCGGAGACAGGGCGGCUGUUGGGGGACCUUUCAGACUGAGGAGGGGCAGCCGUUUCACUUGGAGGAAAGAGUGCCAGUCGAUCAUGGAGAGUUUCUUUAUUGAGAAUCAGUAUCCUGAUGAGGCCAAACGAGAGGAGAUCGCCAACGCCUGCAACUCUGUCAUCCAAAAACCAGGGUGCAAACUUUCUGAGUUUGAGAGAGUCACUGCACUGAAAGUGUACAAUUGGUUCGCCAAUCGCAGGAAGGAGAUGAAGAGACGUGCCAACAUAGAGGCUGCCAUUCUGGAGAGUCAUGGCAUAGAAGUACCAAGUCCCAGCUGUCACUCAAACGGUGAAGAGGUUGAAAACCAGGAGUUUGGAGAACAGGUUGCGAGUCAGCGAUUUCCAGAUCAGGAAGAGCUUGUUCAGAGAAAAGUGACUGAGCCCGAUGGAGCCACACUGCCUGCAGUGGAAGUAGUACCUCUUCCAAGUCCUGCUACUCAACAUGUGGAUCAGAAGAUUGACGAAACCAAAAGGGAAGCUGCGGAUGAGGAGUGAGCGGAGGGAGAAGUGUGCUUAACGUUUUAGAGGCUUGAAAUCGUGCCGCUUACCGUCCCUCUUCGAUACCUCGGAGGAGGACGUGUGUGUACGGCAAGACACCAAAUUGCCUCUAGUGCUAGAGAGGCAAUUGUAUGUAUCUACAGUAAUCAUGCUUGUAGUAAUGGCAAUAUUUAUCUCUAUACACUGUAUUGUGCAUUCCAAGAAGUCUUAAUGCAUCUUUUAAGAGGAAAAGACAGUUAUGGUGCAGAAUGGUAACCUUCCACCUCAUGCUAAAGCCUCCACACACACACACACACACACACACACACACCUCUUCUCACUAUUCUCAAGUGUACCAGUUUGACAAUAGAUGCCUCGUGCGAACAGGGGUAAGGAAUGGGAGAGAAACCUGCAGGACAGGUGUUUGGAUGUGAUGAUGAGGUGCACUAAAUCUGUGGUGCUCCUGCGCAUGCAGAAAGAAAAGUGUUGAGAUUUCUUUAGCCAUAUGCAAUAGUUCUGAAUUGAGACUGGAACCUGAUUGCCACCAUUUACUCAGGUAACGCUACAUUAGAGAAUUGAUUGAGAAGCAGCCUCAUAUUAACUCACAAAUGCUAAUAUCACUUCUGAAAUGAAGUCUUGGGUAUUGUGAAUACAUAUGUCAUGUCUCAUGUACACGUCAUGCAUCGUUGUUUAUACGUAUUUCUUUUUUUUUCAAUCUUUAAUAAGCCAAGCUAAUCGUUUUUUUGUGUGUGUGAUCUAGCCAUAAUAGCGCAGGGUCAUGACUUUCCAAUCUUUUUAUAUUUAACCACUACUUAAAGCCUCUCUGUUAUGCAGUCAUUUAAGCUAUUGUGAUCUAUGACUGGUGUUUGGGCUCUAAAUUGUUAAUUUUUAAGAAAAAUGUUUUGCUAUGAGCACCAUUAUUCCUUUAAUAAGCUAAUGCAGUAUUAUAACAACAUGUAACUCUAACAGAUUUAGAAUCUAAUGUAAAAAGCCUCUUUCCGGUGGAGGAUCCACUGUUUUCUCUUUGAAGCCAAAGGUAUGUCCUGGAAAUCAGAUCAUUUACAGAGAUGCUUUUUAUAAAGUCUGCGGCAUAUGAAAUAGUCUGUCCCUGGGAUAUGCGUGCUGAAAUGAAAAGUGCUCUGAGCAUAGGAAGACUUUAAAGCUAUGAUCUUUCAGGCCUCAGCUCUGUGUAUGAAAACAGGAAGCAGUGUUGCACGCUUUCAAGAUCCAUUUCUGUCUGCAUUUCCCUGAUGACUUAAAUAAAACCAGUAUAUAAUA